CUCAAAUGAUGAUGAAAGGUGGUGGUGGUGGCAGCAGGGUGGCCAAGGAGUUAGGCUAUUGGGUUAGAGGCCCUCUUAUUCAUGGAAAUGGUGUAAGAAACACUAUGACCACUUUGACCUUUUCAGAUAAUAAUAAUAAGAAGAAGAAGGAGAAGAAGGUUGAAGAGAAUAAUAAUAGUGAGGGUAUUGUGAGUUAUUGGGGAAUUCAGCCUUCUAAUGUUACCAAAGAUGAUGGCUCACAAUGGAAAUGGAAUUGCUUCAGGCCUUGGGAGAGUUACAAAGCAGAUAUAAGCAUUGAUCUGGAGAAGCAUCAUGCGCCUAAGACCUUUACGGACAAGAUGGCUUUUUGGACUGUAAAGGGUCUCAGAUAUCCCACUGAUAUCUUUUUCCACAAGCGUUACAGAUGCAGGGCUAUGAUGCUGGAGACAGUUGCGGCUGUCCCCGGCAUGGUAGCAGGCAUGCUCCUACACUGCAAAUCGCUGCGGCGAUUCGAGCACAGUGGUGGGUGGAUCAAAGCACUGCUAGAAGAAGCAGAGAACGAGCGCAUGCACCUAAUGACGUUCAUGGAGGUGUCAGAUCCAAAAUGGUUGGAGCGUGCUCUGGUAAUGGCAGUCCAAGGUGUUUUCUUGAAUGCAUAUUUAUUGGGGUAUUUGGUGUCUCCGAAAUUUGCACACCGCAUGGUUGGGUACCUUGAAGAGGAAGCAAUACACUCGUACACAGAGUUUCUUAAGGAGCUUGACAAGGGUAAUAUAGAGAAUGUGGCAGCACCGGCCAUAGCCAUCGAUUAUUGGCAGCUUCCACCUGAUUCUACUCUAAGGGAUGUGGUUAUGGUUGUUAGAGCCGACGAAGCACACCACCGUGAUGUCAAUCACUUUGCAUCGGAUGUGCAUUAUCAAGGGCGAGAACUAAGAGAGACUCCUGCUCCAAUUGGGUAUCACUAAGAAUUCAAGGGUCUUUGGCUAGAAGCCUAGAAUAAAUAAAAAUGUUGGUUUGUGACAACAAUAUUGUUGUGUUUUGUUAUGGAUAAUAAUCUGAAUAAUGCUGAUGUAUCUUGUACAAAGU